CUUCAUCUUAAAAAGAACAGACAAGAUGGCAAGUGAAUGCGUGGCAGUCUCACAUGAGCGUGAGUGCUUAUGUGUCAGUUACUGGUAAUUACAACAAACCACGUAGCUCUCGUUCCCGCAUAAACCCAUACCGUGAUGAUACCAUAUAUGAUCUAUCAUCUAUCUGCAACACUGCAUAACAAAGAUCAAAAGAAAAUCAUAACAUCUCAACUUCAUCGUUUCCGGGGAGAUAAUUGAUCGAUGGCGGCGGCGGCAGCAGCAUUGAUAAGAUCACCGGCGACAUUAGUAAUGAUAUUAAUGGCAGCAUGCAUAGUGUGCAGUACAGCGUCGUACAGGCCUCGCAUGGUGGGUGGUAAAACAGAGAUCGCAAACGUGAGGACAAACGAGGAGGUACAGGAACUCGGCAGAUUCGCGGUGGAGGAGUUUAACCGGAGUGUGAAAGUACGGAAAGAAGGGGAAGGGGACUUAAGGUUUGUGGAAGUGGUGGAGGCGCAGCAACAAGUAGUGUCUGGAAUCAAGUACUAUCUGAAGAUAUGGGUUAGGCAGACGAAAAAUGAUGAUGCUCAGAGUGAGGAUUCGGCGAUGUUCGAUUCAGUGGUGCUGGUUAAGCCAUGGCUUUCUUCCAAACAUCUUCUACACUUUGCCCCUUCUUCCCAAUGAUGAUUAAUAAUAAUGAAGCUUUCUUAGUUAUUAGCAGUAGAAUAAUGUUAUGUUACGUGAUGUAUAUUAGCAGUAGAAGUUCUACCAUGGCAUCCAUCACGUACUAAAUCAAUUUUCAAGUAUGUUAAUACAAUCCUAUCAAUCAAUCUAAUCAAAUAACUAGCUAUCUACUAAA